CUUGUUUUAUAUCAUGUGAAAUAGUACAUUGAAUUCAAACAUUUCUAACCCUUCUUUUCUAUUCUCCGUUCCAUAUCGUAGAAUUCUUCCUCUCGCCUGCGGCUUGUACAUCCCACCUGAAUAACCUCUCUGAACCACGACCAUCAUGGCACCUCGUCACCCCCUUCAACGACUUACGUCGCCCUCACGAGAUGUUUCGCUAUUGCUUCAUAUCAUCGGAAUAGCCUCUUUCAGUUACAACUUUCACUUUCUCACAGUCUGGGAUACGCCCAUAGCCAGGUCUUACGGAUGGCAUAUGCAGUUCCUUACCAUUAUAGGCCUUUCGGCAUCACUCAUUGCCUUUGUACUCGGAGCAUUGGCUGAUAUUACCCUGAGCCCAACUCUCUUUCAGGCAAAGAAUGCGGUUGCUGUUCUUGCUACGCCCUUGGAAGUUGUCAUCUCAAUCUUGUAUUGGGGUCUAAGGCUCAUUGACCCCAAGCUUCUCAUGCCUGAUGACUUCUAUCUGCACAUAAUCCCUGAUAUGGGAUUUCAUCUUGCGCCUGCCGUACUGCUGAGUCUGGAUCUCGUUCUUCUUAGCCCUCCUUGGGCCAUCCCAGCUUACGGUGUUAUGGCAAUCAGCACUGUCAUUGCCUUUGCCUAUUGGUAUUGGGUUGAGCUCUGCUUUAGCCACAAUGGAUGGUACCCAUAUCCCCUCUUCGAACUUCUUUCCACGACCCAGCGAGUAAUGCUGUUCACAUUUUCAGCUGGGCUAGUUACAGUCUCUUCCUCGUUCCUCAAGUGGGUGUAUGGCCGAGUCAAUGGCUACGAAAAAGCAGAAAGGGAGGCACAUAAGCCUCUCAAGAAGGUUCAAUAAUCAUCUAAAUAAGGAUAAGAAAAAUACAUAGUAUACAGAUGUGUAGGUAUAGGGGCGAUGGCUUGAAGAAUAGAGGCAAUAGGCCUUGUUUGCUGUGGUGUGGUGUCAACCACUGAAACAUAGAAGGGCAACAAGCCUUGUACAUAUGUGGGAAGAAUAUACACCAGAGAACUCGACAUAAGUAUCCUUCUUUUCCAGUCAAAAUUUAUGAAUAAAUGCUGAAAAGAAUGUCAAGUCUUGGGUGUCAAAUAGCGAGGUCGCCAGUUAAUAUUACAGUGUGGCC